AUGACUGCUCGCGAGGCAGGCUUGCUCCUCGUGAGCGUCGGUCGCUUUGGCUUCUUCGAUAAUAGUGCCGCAUCUCGCCAAGAGUGCGGUCUAUUUAGGCGAGGUUUAGCUCUCUUUGAGAGUUUCACUUUGUUGCUUUCCCUGUCGGCCUCUCUUCGAGAGUACGAUAUAUUCAUCCGAGCGUCUAUAGAGGGACUCGUUCAAGCUCUCUUCGAGGGUCUUGUCUUUUUCCUAUGUUCUUUGGUCCCAGACGUUUGCCGCUAUCCCUUCGAGGAUGCGGUAUAUCUCGGCAGAUAUCGCGCUUCUCUUCGAGACGUGAUGGUCUGCCAAACCCUGCUGCUGCUUCUCUUCGAGAAUGUGGUUUUCAUAUCCUCAGCCGCUACCUUCCUUGAGGGUGCGGUUAAUACUAGCAGAUAUCGAUACACCCAGAACUUGGCUGAUAUGAAUCCCCAAGCUACCUCUCUUCGAGAGUGUGGUCUUCUACUAACCCCUGCUGCCUCUCUUCGAGAGUGUGGUUUUCACUUAAUCUGUUCUGCCUCUCUUCGAGAGUGUGGUUUUCACUUAAUUUGUUCCACCUCUCUUCGAGAGUGUGGUCUACAAUCCCUUGCCGGCUCUCUUCGAGAGUUUCGGUUGGAUUCCUUCUCUGCCGACCGACUGAACUCAUCGCCUCCGUCUGUCGCCAUCGCUCCGCCUCCGACGCCAAAGUUUGCCAUCUCUUAG